AUGCGGCACUUGCCGUAUCUUCUCUUUCUCGGUUUGACCAGAAGCGAAGAUGUCCGAAUUGAUUGUCAUCCGGAGCCUGGAGCUUCUAAGAAGCAGUGUGAAAGUAGAGAUUGCAUCUGGAGCGAGAGCACAGCAGUGGAAGGAAUACCGUAUUGCUACAUGAAGCCAGGUAUUGGAUACAAGUUUUUGUCAGCUGCAGCGGAGGUGGUAACACUCACCAAAAACGACGGACCAAAGAAUCCAUGGGGCGAAGAUUUUGAACAAAUUCUCUUUACCCACAGCUAUAUCGGAAAAACUCUUAAUGUCAAAAUAUACGCUCCUAACAGGUAA